AUGGAGCAGCGCUACACAUACGUCUCUACAAUAAGCGCGGGGGCCUAUGGAGUAGUUUAUCAAUGUAUUGACUCUAAAACGGGCAGCUUCGUAGCUGCUAAAGGGAUUCGUAUGGCGCACCACGACGCGGAGGUCAUGCGGCUUACCCUUCGCGAGGUUAAAAUCCUGAAAAUGCUUCCUCCGCACCCGAACAUCGUGAAGCUGCUGGAAGCGGUGUACCUUUUGUUUGAGUUUGUCGAAAGGAGCCUGUACCAGGAGCUGGAACGCCAACCCUCCGGCGCCCUCCCUGCGUCAAUGGUCAAAUCCGUUGCCUGGCAACUGCUCCACGCCCUCAAGCAUUGCCAUGACCACAAGGUGGUUCAUCGAGAUCUAAAGCCUGCAAAUGUGCUCCUCAGCGGCUACACACCCGGGGUCGGGGGCGGCGGCGUUGCCAAGCUUUGCGACUUCGGGUUUGCGCGCGUGGUGGGAAGCAGCAACUCGCCGCAACAGGCUGGAACGGGUAGCAAACCCGACGGCCUCCAGGACGGGGGCGAUAUCGAGUGCGGCGCCAUCGAAGCAGCCAUGGGGCGAUAUAACAAGGUUCGGGGAGACACUUCUCAGAUGAGUUCGUAUGUGAUGACUCGGUGGUAUCGUCCGCCAGGUAUGGCAACUGUACGAUCGGCCAUCUGGGGAGGGGAAUUCAAAUUCAAAUUCAAAAAGGAAAGAGGGGUUCCAGGGAGAGGGGAGACCUUGCUAAGACAAGAAGGAAAGCCCCAUAUUUGA